AUGAUCCCAAACUUCUAUUUACUCUGUCUUGUAACUAUAUUUUUUAUAACAAUAACAGAUGGACUUCCUCGUUAUCGUCGUCAAUUGAAUCCUUCAAGCAAUAAGAUUUUAUCUGUUCAAGAACAAGCAUCUUGGGCAAGGAGUCCAAGUGGUUCCUAUCAGGUCACUUACCAUAAAGGUGUUGGAUCCAAUCCGAAUUAUGGUUCAUUUAUAAAACCUGAGAAUCGCCCAGAUGUUGGUAUCAUACCGAUAAGUUAUGAUUCUGAUUCUAGUCUAAGUAACUAUCUUAUAAAUCCAAGUCAACCAUCGUCACUUCAACAAUCAGUACAGCAGUAUAUGUACAAUAAUAAUAAUAACGCCUGGCGAAAACAAUAUAAUUAUCCUAAUAGACCAUACAAUUACUAUCCACCUGGAAGUCAAGGAUGGUAUGCAACUGGUGCACAUGGACUUCCUCGUUAUCGUCGUCAAUUGAAUCCUUCAAGCACCAAUAUUUUAUUCGAUCAAGGGCGGACAUCUUGGGCAAGCAAACCAAGUGGUUCCUAUGGUGGCACCUACUAUUAUGGUGUUGGAGCCGAUCCAAAUUAUGGUUCAUUUAUAAAACCUCCGAACAGUCCACACGGUGGUAUCUUACCUAUAAGUUAUGAUCCUGAUUCUAGUCUAAGUAACUAUCUUAUAAAUCCAAGUCAACCAUCAUCACCUCAACAAGCAGUACAACAAUAUUUGUACUCUAAUAAUAAUAACGCCUGGCAAAGACCUAAUAACUAUUAUAAUAGGCCAUACAAUAACUAUCCACCUGGAAGUCAAGGAUGGUAUGCAACUGGCGUAAAUGGUGUAUUGCCAGUUCCUGGUAGAGCAAUAACAACACCAUUUGGUAAAAAAGGCAGUUGA